UUUGAAUUUCUACGCGAAGAAACGGAGGAUGACAAGGUCUUCGGAAUGGUUUGAUGGGAAAGCGGAUCACCAACAGCACCAUGAGCUUUGAGCCAGUAUGACUGCAUUGUUCCCCUUCGGCCUGCCGCCUGCCUUCGUUCGCUACCCGCGCCCUUCUUCUCCACUAUAACAACCGUUCCAAGAUAAUCAGUCUCGGAUCUCCCUUGCACAGCGCGAGUUGAAGAGUGGAUUGCCUUGAUAUAGAGCAAGGGAUCCUUUUCGGUCGGAUUCGUAUCGGGCACCAACUUAUCAAGCUGUUACGGUCGCAGCUAACGGGGAAGUGUGAAUACGUGAUCAACUUUUGGACUCCUCAAAAGCGCCCAUACAUGCCGUUAUAAUAUCUAGAGAUCGGCCUUUGCUACUGCGCUUCCUUGCUCACUCUAGGUCAUUUUCUUACGACGCCACAGAAGACGAGACGAUGUCAAGCCCAGAGCUGCCACCGGUUCCACCCAUCAUCGCCCAGCUCACUGGGCCUUUGUUGCUUGGCCACUUCUUCAACUGGGGAUUGUUUGGAGCCCUCACUGUCCAAGUUUACAUCUAUUACCUCGCGUUUCCUAACGACCGACCGAUACCGAAAACUCUGGUGGCUUUCACUUAUGCAAUUGAGCUACUUCAGACUGUUUUAUCGACACGAGAUGCGUUUCGAAAUUUCGGCAGUGGAUGGGGAAAUAUGAUCGAAUUGGAUGCUGUUGGAUGGUUGUGGUUCAGUGUCCCAGUUUUGGGUAGCAUUAUUAGUUGCACCAGCCAACUCUUCUACGCAUGGCGCAUAUGGAUUCUUAGUGAGAAAAUCUGGGUAUCCAUUAUCAUCGCAAUACUUGCCUUGAUGCAAUGCGGGACGGGGAUAUACUCCGGUGUGUUUGCUCACCAAAUUGGAGUGUUCUCACAAGUGCAAGAACGUGCAUAUCGAACGACAACUGUCUGGCUGGGCGGAACAGCUCUCUGUGAUGUGAUUCUCGCCGCGAGCAUGAUAUACUAUCUGUAUAAAUCAAGUACGGGCUUCCGUGGGACUGCAACUUUGCUGACGAAAUUUAUCCGGGUCACUGUCGAAACUGGGCUGACCUGUGCGACGUUUGCGAUAUUGGACCUCGCACUGUUCCUCGCAUUCCAGCAGAACAAUUACCAUCUUGCGCCUAGUAUCGCCCUGAGCAAGUUGUAUUCUAAUAGUCUACUUGUGGUGUUCAACGCCCGAGUUCGCAUCGUUGGCGGUCGUAAUCCUGACCACUCCACCCCUUCCGCUAAUACACUUAGUGCGGAAGAUGCGUCAAGAUUUUUCAGCCGACAAUAUCGAAGCAAGCAGAGUUCUGGAGGCAUAUCUUUCAGCAUGUCGCAGAAUCAAACCGUUGAUGGCAUGAGCGAUCUGGAGUCUGGCAGCAUCCCCAUGACAGACAGCAUGAAAUUCGUGCGUAGUUCUAGUGACCUCAAUCCACCCAGAUAUGACAACAAAACGGCGCAUUUUGAUUUAUGAGGUCGCCGGUUGAAACUUUUCUGAUUCUUGACAUCCUUUCGAGUAUGUGGCUCUAGAUUGAUCCGCCUGUGACUUACUCUAUGAUACCAAUGUACUCAACUCCUGGUCGGUUGUUUGUAUUGCCAAACGGACUUAGUUUCCCUUCGGAACUUACUUAUCUUUAUUGUAUGAAACGUGUGUGCUUGCCUUGGCCUCCGUUCCCUCACUUUACACUCGUUGUACAUUGUACAUCUGUCAUUCACUCGUACCACGGUUGCCUUAGACUAAUGUCCUAUGGUCCGCGGUAUGCAUGUUGAUACAU